GGAGCUGGAUGAGAAGAUGAGAGAUGUAUUCCAUAGCUUCCUAGAGGAGCGAGGUGUGAACGAGAGUCUCUUCCCGUUUCUUCAAGCGUUGCUUUAUGUUAAGGAUCAUCGCAAGUUCGCAAUUUGCUGCGGUGGUUCAAAUCAGUUGGCACUUAUCUUUUCAGUCUGUUGGAAAGUGAUAGUGAAGAAGACAUUCUUGAGGAAGGUGAUGAUGAUGAUGAUUUGGAGGAAGAGCAUGAGACGCAAGUUCAUCCAGAAGCAGAGCCUGAGGUGAAGUAAGGCGCCUGAAGUUCCUGCACCACCUAAGGAGGCAGAGAGGCAGCUUUCCAAGAAAGAGAGGAAACAGAAGGAACAAGCUGAGUUUGAGGCUUUGUCUAGUAGGUUUUUUGGAGUUGCACCCAACAAUGGUCAAGGAAACUGUCAAGAUAAGCAAGAAAAGAAAGAAGUCAAUGGAGAGGGAGAGAAAACAACCGGAGAAUCAAAGGCCUCGAAGAAGAAUAAACAGGAGGUAAAAAAUCUCAGGAUAAAGUAAAGAACAACUCAGUUGCUGCUGCUGCAGGUGAGCAGUAGGAGGCUUCUUCUUCAAUGUAUAUCAGUCUGGUGUAUGUAAAAUUUAUAUAUAUAUAUUCGAAAUCAUUUAAUUCUUAAGUGUAUCUUCUAAGUUGAAAAAUUUGUAUAUGUAUGUCUUAACCAAAGAGCCAUUAACAAUCUGAGAAACAUGAAUGAACUGUAUUAAGAGACUCGACCAGUAUUUUAUUUAUUUCCAUUCCCUCUCUCCAUCUCUUAUUCUUCAUUUUUUGACAUUUGCCUUUUAUUUAUAUAUAUAUAUAUAUAUUUAUUUAUUUAUUUGCUUUUUAUAAUACAUUGAAAUUUAUUUGCUUUUUAUAAUACAUAGAUAUGUAUUUGUUUCCACUCAUUCUUCCUAGAUAGAAACCACGAUGAUAAUGGAUUGGUAAUCAUAAGAGUUCGACUUCUUGGAUAUGAAUAAAAAUGAGUGGGAGGCAAAAAGGAGAAAGAAGAAGUUCCUUAAUAUCGGCUCACUUUGUCCAGCAUCAUCACAAAUGCCACACUCUAUGGCUCCACCAAUUUACCUUUAAUUCUUCUGCAGAUAUAUUUCUACUUUGCUUUACACUAAUAUAUGAUGUAACAUUAUCUCACUAUUUAUAAGUUAAAAGUUUAUUUUGGUUUUGUUUCCUAAUGAAAACGAAAGCAAUGAAUUCUUUUCUCACCAAACAUUCCAUUUAGGCAAUAAUUAGGCACAAAUGGCAAACCCAUCAUUUUGUUUUACUUAAAUUUAUACCCACAAAACCCAUUUGAGGAAUUCGAUAGAAACAAAAAAAAAUAUAAUAGUUAAUUAUUUUACUUGUGCCUCUAUUUCUAUUUCAUUUUCCUUGGUUGCUGUAUCUAUCGUCCAUUACUUAAUGGUUUCAUAGCUCGGUGUUUUCUAGGUGUUGAUGUUCAAGUCAGAUGAAAAGUGAAGAAUUUUUUUGGGAUAAAAUUCUCUUUCAAAGUUUUAUACUGUAAACAUGAAGAAUUUGUGAAGAUAUAGGGAGAGAUCAUGAAGCAUUAGAUGGUAUAUGAUUAAGGAGAAUUUGAAACAAUUCAAUUUAUGUUUCUUAGUCAUCGGUAUCUUUGCUGAGUGUUAAUGCUAUGCUGGUUAAGUUUUAACCCGUAAAUUUGAACUGUAAAAAAUCAGUAAAAAUGAAGGUAGCAUAGACUUAACCUAAAUAAAACUAAGGUAAAGCCAAAAAAUUUAAAGUUCCAAUUUAGUUGAAAACCUUUAUUCAUAUAUUUAUUCAAAUAUCCCUUGACAGAACUGUAUUUUAUAAUGUUUCUUUAUAAAUUACCUUUAAUUUUACUUACAAAAGGAGUUAUUACCUUUAUGUAGAAAUGCAAGAAAAUAGGAAAGAGGGAAUCAUUUAAUUAUAGCUAUAUAGUGCCAAAGUCACAUAGUGAUUCUUCUCCAAUCAAAUCUGAAAUCUCUGUCAACAAUGACAAGUUUGCACAAAACCCUCUUCACACAUAAUCCCACUACUUUAGACCAAUUGAUGAUGUGCCAUACGGGGAAAGAUAGCUCAUGGAAAAAACUAGAGAACAUAGAAGAAGAAGGUCCAGCAACGGUGGCGCUUGAAGUGAAGACGGCGUUACCACCGGAGACACCGACGGAGACGAUGGAGUUUCUAGGGAGAUCAUGGAGCAUUUCAGCCGUGGAACUCACAAAAGCUUUCUUCAACAAUUCGGCUGCCGACACUAACUCUUUUCUUCUCUCUACUAUUGUCAAUACCAAUAAAGAAGUUAGAGAAGAUGAAGAAGAUUCUACUUCCAUGGCUUCUUCUCGUGACCUUCUCCUGCCACACAUAGGAAACAAGACCAGUCCUCCAAUUUCUCCAAGAACCGGCAGAGAAAUGAAGCAUUUGUACAAGAGCAUGGUAAGAGGAAGAACAAUGGGAAGAAGACUCAAGGAUCAGAAGGAGAAAAAGAAACAAGAAACCAGAACUCGCAACGCUGAGAUUCACGCCGCAGUCUCUGUCGCGGGAGUAGCUGCUGCCGUAGCCGCGAACGCUGCAUCUAACGCGGUUGCAGCCGCAGAACAUACGGUUGAAUCAACAGCAGUGGCUGCUGCGGUCGCGUCUGCAGCCGCUCUCAUUGCUUCACACUGCAUCGAAAUGGCGGGAGAGAUUGGAGCGGGUUAUAACCAGAUAGAAACAGCUGUUAGCUCUGCGACCAACGCUAGGACUAACGGAGACGUCAUGGCUUUAACGGCUAGUGCUGCAACAGCGUUACGAGGAGCUGCGAUUCUAAGAGCAAGAAUGGAAAGGAAUAAUGAGAACAAAGCAAUGUUAUAUGCAACAAAGGAGAACGUAGAAAGGGAAGAGAGAAAUGUAUUUGGAGCGAUGACUUUUGUCUCUAGAGGAGAAGAGCUUCUCAAACGUACCCGCAAAGGGGACCUUCAUUGGAAGCAAGUAUCUUUUAACAUCAACUCGAACUGGCAAGUGGUACUUAAAAUGAAGAGCAAACAUGUGGGUGGAACUUUCACAAAGACGAAGAAAUGCGUUGUCAAUGGAGUAUGCCGAGAUAUACCGGAAUGGGCUUACAGAGGAGGAAGAGUAGAAAAAAUGGUCGAGAGCAGAGCCUACUUUGGGGUAAAAACCGUUGAAAGGGUGAUUGAAUUCGAAUGUGUAAACAAAAAAGAGAAGCAGAUGUGGAUAGAAGGGAUUCAGCAGCUUCUUAGCUCACUAGAAACUGGUUCUAUUGUGUUCACUGGAAAACAUUAGGUGGUUUGAAUCGGAAGGACUAAACUAUGUUUGAAAAAUUACAUCAUGUGAUGAAGAUUGAACUUUUCUGUUUCGCGUGUGUUGAGGAAAGCAUGUAUCCUUGUGUCCUGUGUGAUUUGUCAAAAUCUUUUGUUUCUUGUGUAAUCAAAUAAAAUAAUUGUGAAGUGGUCUAGUGGUUUGUAUCCGGUUCAACGGUUCAAUAUUAACAUUCCGGAUCUAA